CUUAUCCGACAUUCCAUUUCUGUGUAAUUGCGUGGAAAUACUGGAAAUACGUUUGUGUCAAAUUCACGAACGGUUGUAAGUGAAAUAUUCGUGCUUCAUGCACGAAUUCAAGUGAACUUUAUCUAAGCAGAUUGCUUGAACAAGAUUCUGUUAUAAUUUAACCUUAAAUAUGUUUGGGCAAACUGGAAAUACAUCGUUCAGUGGAUUUAGUACUGCGACGCAAAACAGUCCAUUUGGCCAAUCUGCAUUUGGUAAACCCAUUACUACAACAAGUUUUGGUAGUGGCGCAACACCUGUCUUUGGUAGUAACAAUACUUCAUCACUCUUUAGUUCUAAGCCCACAGGUUCUACCACAGGUGGCUUGUUUGGAAAUACCACAACGCCACCGGCAUUUAGACAGCCAACUAAUACUCAACCGUCUUUUGGAGGCUUCGGGACAACAAAUACAAGUACCAAUCUUUUCGGCACCCAACAAAAUGCCGGGACAAAUCUUUUCGGUACAAGCACAGGGACUUCAGCGUUUGGUCAAGCAAACAAACCUGGUUUUAACUUUGGCACAACAUCCGGAACUAAUCUGUUCGGACAACCGCAACAAAAUGCACAACAAACUACUCCAUUUGGUCAGGCGAAUACCACCACAAACACAAAUCUUUUUGGUACAACCACAGGUUUUGGCAAUACUAACCCGACUACCGUACCAGCUGGCACUGCAGUGAAAUUCACACCUGUCAUUACAACUGAUUCCAUGUCAAAAAAUGGAAUAUCGCACAGCAUUUCGGCCCGUCAUUGUUGCAUUGCAUCUAUGAAAGAAUAUGAAUCCAAGUCUUACGAGGAAUUACGUUUUGAAGAUUAUCAACUUGGGAGAAAAGGUCCACAAACGGGUCUCUUUGGGACGUCGGCACAAACAUCACCGUUCGGUAGCACAUCAGCUGGUACUAGCACAGCUGGGACAGGAUUUGGUUCAAUGACCGGAGGAUUUGGUACCACUAGCCAAUCAGGAUCGACCGGACUAUUCGGAAAACCCAUUACUAAUUUUGGAACGCCAGCAACUACAACAACCAACAGCUUUGCAUUCAAUUCUACACCUACAACAAAUCUGUUUGGUACUAAUACUCAAACAAAACCAUUUGGUACAGCUGCCCCGACACCUCUUUUUGGCACCAGCAGUACUAACCAGACUGCUGGAACGGGUUUUGGUAGCAUUAAUACCGGACAGAAUACUGGAUUCGGAUCUGCAUUCGGUUCCACGCAACCUAAUCAGAGUAUUGGAUUGUUCAAUCAGAACAAGUCUGCUUUUAAUAUUCCAUCGACGUCGACUAGUACCGGCUUCACUGGCUUUGGUCAACCGGCCACAAACACCACUACGCCAUUAUUCGGUAAUAAAACUACCACCACCGGAUUUGGAACAACGUCUACAUUCGGUGCGGCCGCGCCUUCUACAUUCGGAACUAAUACAGGUUUUAAUUCCGGCACCAACCCUGGAUCCUCGUUGUUUAACUCGUCGUUCAAACCAGCUGGACAAACAUCGGGAUUUUCUUUCGGAGCUACACCUGCAUCUUCAACUGGGCUUGGCACGAAUACUGGUUUAAGCUUGGGCGGUGGGUCUUCAUUGUUCGGCCAACAAAAGCCGGGUAGUCUAUUUGGAAAUACAGGAAACAAUACGACGUUUAACAAUCCUGGAACAUUUGGAUCUUCUACUUUUGGAACGAGUUCUAACAUGAUGUCUGGAACAGGAGUGGGCUUACUUAAUGGAGGGGCAGUAUCAAAUCAGGCUAAAGCAAAUGGUUCGGUACCGGUGCAUCAACAAAUCUUAGCUCUUGUUUCCGCACCAUUCGGCGAUUCACCGUUAUUGAAGAAUCUUUUACCAGCUUCUGGAAAGACCGAGGAACUCUUAAAACCUACUAAUCCAGCAUCGAAAGUACUGAAUAGUCCACAAUACAGAGUUACUGCCAAUAACAAAUCUCCGAAAAUCAAAGCGAGAGUCGUCAGUUCUGCGCAGCUAUCGAAGAAAUCCUUGUUCGAUGGCCUUGAAGAAGAAGAUCCCGUAAUAACAGAAGCUUUUCAACCUCGGCCAAGCGCAAAACGUUUAGUAUUACGGCCAAAGUCAGCGACAAAUUCCUCGGUUCAAUCUCCCACAGAAAAUGGAGAAUCUGUGACGAGAAAUGGUACUGCAGAAGACAGGGCAGAUACAUCAAAUGUAGUGCACAGCAACAACAUCGAAGUUAAUGACAAGGAAAAUCACAGCCAAGACAAUAAUCGACUUGCAAAUGAUCGACGGUCGUCUACAUCUUGGUUAAAGUCGACGCUUCCGCAGAAAAAUAAGAUUUCGGACGAUGAAUUGCUUGAGGGGCAGCGAUCGCCUUUUUCUGGAACGAAUGUACCGGAAGAAGUGAAUAAUACGGUGGCCGAAUUAAGAUCGCAAAAUAGUACAUCGAGUAUAAAUCGUUCGGAAAUAAUCAAUUCGAUCGAAGUGCCACUAAAUUCUACUUUUGACGAGAAAAAUUCCGCAAAUCUCACCAUGCCGAAUGCAGAAUCCGGUCAAGAAACAGACGAGAGUUCGUUGUUGAUGCUGCAAUCAAACUGGAGUGUGAACAUGGCUAAAGUUACAUUACGACGAGCGGGCUAUUACACCAUUCCGUCGCUCGAUAAACUAGACGAUUUUGUUUGCGGUGAGACGUGCGUCGUGCCCAACUUUACCAUCGGCCGUGAGGGUUAUGGCAAUGUAUACUUCCCGGAUUCGUUUGACGUGUACGGCUUGAAUCUCGAUGAAAUUGUACAUUUUCGUCAUAAAGAGGUGAUUAUUUAUCCUGACGACGAGAAGAAACCACCAGUAGGGCAGGGCCUGAACCGAAGAGCACAGGUCACUCUGGACAAAGUGUGGCCACAUGAUAAGUCACUGCACGAGCCGAUCACAGAUCCACAACGACUUGCCGCGAUGAACUACGAGGGGAAGUUACGUAGAGUGUCCGCAAAGCACGACACCCGUUUCCUUGAGUAUCGACCGGAGACUGGCUCGUGGGUCUUCAAAGUCGACCACUUUUCCAAGUACGGUCUCAGCGAUUCGGAUGAGGAUGACAAUCAGAUCCCACCGAUUUCGGAAGCAAAGAAACUGAAGGGAUUCCCCGCGCCCGUACAAAAGGGCAAACCUAUCGAUCCAUCGACGGCGACGAAUAAAGAGGCGAUCAAUGGAAUGAUGAUUAACGGAACGCUUGAAAGUAUGAAGAUUGGAAACGGCAAGGAGCAUCCAAAUAUCGUCGAGAACAAUUUUUUAGGGAAAACCCCAAUAAGCCGUUUUGCCUAUAACGAUCACAGUUAUAAGGAACGAGGAAUGAUCGUCAGCCCGGGCGGGGAAACCCCGUUUGGCCGUUCCGGUUUUGUUCCCGGGGAUUACAAUUACGAAAAACGCAUGACCGUCAGUCCAGUCGGCGAUAACGCUCGCGUCACCGGCACAGACAGCCACAAGUUGCAGCUUAUGAAAGCGAGCUUCUUUGAUGUGAACGACGAAGAUGUAAACGAGGAAGCUAACAACGGCAUAUUCCCCUCCGUACAGAAAACUUUGAUACGCUAUUUCCCAGAUGUCACAGAGGCCAAGAGCGACGAAGCUCCGUACAACGCUACGACAUUACGAACGACUCUCGUCGCACACGAAACGUUGUUCUCCACAUGUUCUCCGGAGAACGUGCUUUCUACGUCGAGUAGAAUAUCGCAUUUGCCUCGUAUUGGCGCGAGAGACAAACAGAUUAUCGAGAGAGCUAUUCCACCGCCUGUAGUCACACCAGUGACAAGCGUAUUGAAGUAUCACUAUGAGGUUGUACCACUUGAAGAGUCCAGGUUGAACAGAUUGCGAUUUCGCUGCAUUGCUGACGCCGGUAUAUACAUGGGCAGGACGUUUCGGCCGAGUUGGGGCGCCGGUCUCACACUGCUGUCCCUGAGCACACAAGAGCAGGCAACUAAGAUGCAACUGCGGAGCACGUUCAGUCAGCUGAGUCGUUACCUCUCCGGCCGUCUCGCUGACGACAUAUCGUCGACGGUAAUUGUUCAACGCCUGCAAAUCCUCGGGGGCGACGAGUAUGACACGAAGACAUUCAAAGACAGCAUAGAACGUCACUUGAGAAUUCAGCUAGAUCACUGCGUGAUGGGCCACGAGGGAGACUGUCCCACGUUUGACGUAGCGACCGACAGCGCAAACGAGGCAUUGCAGCUGCAUUGCACGCUGGCACAGGAUCUCGCGGAGCAGGAACAAAGACCGAGCGAGGAUGCCAAUGACGAGCAGAUGCAGUGCGGCAGCGCCAGCGAGAAGUCGUUCCGUCAAUAUGCGAGUAUCGUGUGGACCUUAUGUGUGGCACUCUGGGGAAAUUACGCUGAUCAGGACAUGGCCGACAACGCCAAUGAGGAACACUACAAUGUUAUGGUGCGAAGGGAAGCUGUGGGCGACUGGUUGAGGAACGUGGUGCAGAAGACGGUUGAACGAGAGAUCAAGAGCAUCGACGGUGAAACUAAAAACUCACACGAGAAGAUAAUAUUGUCGCUGCUCUCCGCUUGCAAGCUGGAGGACGCUUGCCAGGAAGCGCGGAAGGCCGGAGAUCACUGCCUGGCGUUACUGAUGGCGCAAUUACGAAGCGGCGCGACAGUCAAGAAAUUGAUCAAGCAGCAGCUUGCGCUGUGGCAGGAGACCGAUGUGGACGAAAAUCUCACGAUCGAUCGUCUAAAGCUGUUCAUGCUGGUGGCCGGCGAACCGCUCAUCUCCAGCAAACACGGCACUAUCAAUGUAUGCGAGGACCUGGACUGGAAGCGGGCCUUCGCCACUCAUCUGUGGUACCUGUCGCCACCGACUUGCUCCAUCACCGACGCCUUGGACCUCUACGAAAUGUCGUUUAAUGCGACGGAGGCUCAGGGAUAUGCGGCAGUUCCCGAACCCGAGUACAGGGAGAACGAGUACGAUGCCGAGUUGAGUAACGGCAAACGGAUACACGAUCUUUGCUUUCAUCUUCUGAAGUUGUACUGCACGGGAAAUCACGAUCUAGGCGAGCUCCUCAAUCCACUGUCGUACACCGCCAAUCCCUUGGAUUACAGAUUGAGUUGGCUAGUACAACAAACGCUUGUGGCUUUGGGUUACACACAUCUCUCCGAUCACGUCGCUGCGUUGACUCAUACGAACUUUGCGACUCAAUUGGAAGCGCAUGGACUCUGGCACUGGGCGAUUUUCGUAGUGUUGCAUCUACGAGAUUCAUCUAGACGACGAGCUGCUGUACAGGACCUGCUGUUGCGUCACAUAGAGAUAGACGACACUCCGGAAUAUAUAAAACAUGAACAGUUUUUGAAGGAGGAGCUUGGUAUAUCAUCAGUUUGGAUUCACCAGGCUAAGGCCAUCAAAAGCAGUGUCAAUAAGAGGUAUGGCGAAGCAGCUUGGUACUACAUCCAGGCGGAACAAUGGACCCAAGCCCAUGAAAUUAUUAUAGAGCAUCUGGCAGCCGAUGCUAUAAUAAAUGAAAACUACGAAUAUUUGAAAUCACUGUUAAGCCCGCUGGUACCGAUCGAAUAUAGCGGCACAAUUAGCGGAUGGUCGCAUCAAGGACAACUCCUGUGGGAGUACAUGGAGAUAACUAGCGAGAUUCAGAGCCUGUUAAAGUCUGCUCCGGAUUAUCGUGGGCUAACUUAUCAACUGGAAGCGCUGAAGCCUCGAUUAACAGGCUUGUGUAAUAAAAUCGAUCAAUUUCCAUGUCCGACCGCUAAACACAGGUUGUGCCAAGCUGAAAUUGCAAAGAGGACUGUACAUUUGGCUAGAAAUAUGCUGCUGUUGCAGAAAAACGAGCAGAGAUCCGUCACGAAGUUGCUGGUUCGUCUGAUAUCUCAACUACCAUUGCCGGAAGAUUAUGCGCAACAGGAACUGCGACCUACCGUUAAUAUGCGCGUAACAGAAAUAAUGCCGUAAAUGUCAAUGUGAAGUAACACGCAUAAGUUAAUUUAUCGGUCGCGUAGUUGUGUAAAGUUCAUUAACGGAAAGUCCCAUUUUUAUUAAUUUUUUUCCGCACUCGCUUGCAAGUUGUAAAUUGACACAGAAAAUAAGCAUGAAGUUUUUUUGAAGAACUUUUCAGUGAUCCUGAUGACAGUGUUAUACAUACGGCGGUAGCAAAUUGCGCGAUUCGUACAGUAGAUUUGUAAAGCUUGAAAUUAUAAACACUUAGAGAAAUACAUCAGUAUGUGAUACUAUUUAAGUCUUUCUUACAUUUUUUAUCGAUUUACGCACGAAAUUGUCUCGUUAUUUGAGAAACGCGUGAUGACUAAACCGUUAUGAAGACGAAUGAUGCGUAAUUGGUCGAGAGAAAGCAGACGAGAAAUAAUUCUGUACUUCACGGAGGAAUAUUUCUAUCGUAUGUCGCGUGGUUUUCUUGUACAAUCUAUAUCGUCGCGCUUGAAUAACGUAAACAAGUCAUAUUAGAUACCUUCUAAGAUAUAUAUAGCACAGUUACGCAGGUACGUGAAAAAUGGUAAUUUAUAUGUAUUAUGUGAUACACAUUAUGUGAUACGUCAUAUAAUAUGUAUAUAAUUGCUAUCUGUUCUCGCAUUUUGAUUUUCUAGCCCUUUCGUACCUUUCCUAUAUUCGGACGUCCUUUUUCGCAUAUUAACGAGAGGUCUGCAUAAAAAAGUAACGAGUGUAAUUAGCGCGAGUGCAAAUUAUCACACGCGACGGACUUGUAUAUUACGAUAAGUCGGACAUACCCUGUGAAAACUUUUCAACGUAGUGCUUUGUGCGCACGUAAUAAAUUUCUUUCCCAUUAUUAGAUAGAACAGGUACUUUUGUGAAGAAAAGAAUAAAGAAAUCCAGUAUAUAGUUACGAUCACGAGAAAUAAUGAGAUACGUAUGUGUAUAAGGUACAUUUGUAUAAAUGAAAUUAAGUUUUCACUCUUUUAAAGUUGAAAUAAAUAAAUAAGAUGUUUA